GCUCUAUACAUAAUCCCUCAACAACUGAUAAAGCCAUGAAUAGUGUCGACUCUUAUAAAAUCGGGUGGAUUGCUGCUCUUCCCAUCGACCGUGCCGCAGCCAUAGCUGUGCUUCAUGAGCGUUAUGAGGCGCCCGAAGAAUUUGAGCAACACCCGUUCGACACAAACUCAUACAUUUGGGGCCGAAUAGACACGCAUUACGUCGUCAUAGCUUCACUUCCUGCUGGUGUGCCCGGAACUUGUUCUGCAGCAGUUACAGUGGCAAAAUUCCUCUCAUCUUUACCUCAUAUAAAGAUUGGCCUAUUGGUGGGCAUCGGGGCGGGUGUCGCUCGACCUGAUCAAGGUCAGGAUAUCCGCCUCGGCGAUGUCGUUGUCAGCCAGCCUCAAGGACGAACGGGAGGCGUCAUCCAAUAUGACCUUGGAAAGGCCAAAACAGGACAAGUAUGGGAACCCAAAGGCAUUUUGAACACGCCUCCUUUGGUCCUCCUUCAAGCGGUGGCGGCUCUACAGGCAGAGCAUGAGGUCAGCUCACCAAGGAUCCCAACAACUCUCAAAGAGAUGUACAUAAACAAUGCACAGUUGUGGGCGAUCACUCCUCUAGUACACCGGCCCUCAACUCAAGGCUCAAAGUAUAUUCACCAAGGAUUUGAGAAUGAUCGGCUCUUCAAAGCAACAUUUGAACAUGUUGAGGGUGAUACAUGCGCCAAUUGCGAUCCAGCCUAUGAGAUUAAGCGUGAAGCACGCGGUGCCGAAGAUCCAUGGGUUCAUUACGGCAUAAUCGCUUCUGGAGACACUAUAAUUGAGGACGCUGCCACUCGAGACAAGAUUCUAAGCGACGUCGGAGAAGGCAUUCUUUGCUUUGAUACGGUAGCGGCCGGCGUAAUGCAUAGCUUCCCUUGUCUCGUCAUCAAGGGGAUAAGCGACUACGCCGACUCUCACAGGAAUGAUCAAUGGCAAAGAUAUGCCGCUGCAACAGCAGCCGCGUAUGCAAAGGAGCUUCUUGGCUGGAUUCCUGGAGGACAGCACCCGAAAAUGCGAUCAAUCGAUGAAAUUUCUCUGCGUUAGUUUUCUCAUAAUCGGGUACUUACUUGAUGGCAUCCAAGAGCUCACUUGCUUAUGUAGCAGAUCAUGUCCCUCCCGAGCCGAACAGGCAUGUAUCUCGUCUUUUUGAGGAUCAGAAAUCUGGCGAUCAGAGUUUAGAAAUGGUAGAUUAGGUACCUCAACACUCGAUGAACUUUUGGUCGUCAAGUUUGGAAUAAUGAGUCCUCACAGUCAGAAGGGUAGACCUGAUUCAUAGGCGGAUCUUUAUUUUUUCCUUUCCCAACUUGCUACAUUACUUAGGCUACAGCUCGGAAGUGGUUCUUCGCUCGCGAUCAGACUAUAUAGACAUUAAGGGAUAUUGCUUGUAGGCAUCUUACAUUCCGCUUAGUUCCCACAUAGGCACUUAGCGGAUGCGAUCAAUACCAACAGGAAAUUCAGAGUCACAGAUUGCGCUACAGUGAAGUUUCCUGGGUUGCUUUAGAUUCCCAUACCUAGCCUGCGGGGGA